AUGUGUGAGACUAGAGGAUUCUAUAAACACUUGAGAAAAUCAGAUCUCUAAUUCCAUUACAUAUCUUACUCUCUAUAUAUACAGAAAAGAAACCGAAGAGGGGAAGAAGCUAAAGCAUCGAAGAAUAUGGUUUCGAAGGAAUACAAGAGAGAUUCCUCUCUGCGUGAGAAGUUUCAAUUGCUUCGCUCAAUCACUAACUCACAUGCUGAUAGCGAAACAUCGAUCUUAGAGGAUGCAUCAAAAUAUAUCAAAAAUCUUGAGCAUAAAGUCGAAAAUAUCAACAAUGAGACCACGUCUGAGCAAUAUUUCUGUGAUCCUACCGAUCCUAUGGUUACAGUGGACACCCUAGAGAAGGGAUUCAUGAUAAAGAUAAUGUCAGGUAAGAAUGAGCCAGGAAUGUUGGUCUGUGUUCUUGAAGCCUUUGAAGAUCUUGGACUCGAGGUUGUUGAAGCUAGGGUUUCAUGUACGGACUCAUUUAGCUUGCAUGCCAUUGGAAUAUCAAAUAAUGAUGAUGGUGAAAGCAUGGAUGCUGAAGCAGUGAAACAGGCAGUUGCAGUAGCAGUCAGGACCUGUAGUGAUAGCCAUGAUCCAAGAGAGUAAAGACGGAUCAAGUAUUCAUGAUUAUCUCUCCCUCUCUCUCUCUCUCUAUAUAUAUAUAUAUUUGUUUGACCUAAAAAGGGUUCUUAGUUAGACAUAUGAUCAAGGAAAAGUUCAAUUGUAUGUCUCUCUAAUUAAUCAAAUGUCUAAAGUAAAUUUCUUUGGGAUCAA